AUGGAAUUAAUCAACUACGCAGGGUGUCUCGACGGUGUAGCACCUUCCGACUUUUUUAUUGCACAUCCAAAGAGUCGGUCCGUGACCCUGAACAGCACAUUCAUACUGGAGUGCCGUUUCCGGAUCGAGAUCUUUCAGUCAGCGUCUCACGAAGGACUCCCCCGUAUUGAUUGGUCUCGAAACGGAUUCGGGAUCGGUGGGACGCCCGAGGAUAUCCACCAGGCGGGCAUAUGUGCUAACUACCCUGACUCUCGAUACUCCUUGCCCUACAACCUGCAGGAAGGUAAGUAG